UGCUGGACAGUUCCAGAAAUAUUAUCGAUAUGAACUUUUUCUCGGAAUUAGAAGUGAAGUUGGUCAUGAGAGACUGUCAUAACUGAUCAUACUCGAUAAGUACCAGCAGCCAUUGUGUUUUAUCCGUUUGGCAGUUGCAAUCACUCAACAUUCUACGCAUUAUCUCGAUAAAAAGGACAUCGAGUAAUUUUUAAACUUCCACGAGAGUCUAGCAGAGUGCAAUCGACUUGAGAUUUACAGCAGUAAAUAAUGGGUCUCGUUUGCUCCACAGCGCAGCUCGCUUGUCUGUGCGGCAGUACAGCCUGCAGCUUCUGCUGCUCUCAAUGCCCAUCAUGCAGAAACAGCACGAGCUCCAGGAUCAUGUACGCCUUGUUAUUGAUGCUGGGGACAAUUGCUGCUUGCAUUACUCUCGCCCCAGGUCUUCAAGACACACUAAAAAAGGUUCCCUUCUGCACCAACAGUAGCAACUACUACCCCUCAUCAUUCACAGUGGAUUGUAAUUCAGCUGUUGGUUAUCUCGCUGUGUACCGAAUAUGUUUCAUAAUUUCCCUGUUCUUCUUCCUGAUGUCGACGAUAAUGAUCGGUGUGAAGAGCUCAAAGGAUCAUCGAGCCCCAAUUCAAAACGGUUUCUGGGCCAUAAAGUACCUUCUGAUAAUCGGUGGGGUCAUUGGCGCCUUUUUCAUCCCCGAGGGCUCCUUUGGCCCUGUCUGGAUGUACUUCGGAAUGUUCGGUGGAUUUUUCUUCAUACUCAUUCAAUUAAUUCUCAUUAUCGAUUUCGCCCAUUCAUGGGCUGACUCCUGGGUCGGCAAUUACGAAGAGACUGAAUCGAAGACUUGGUAUGCAGCUCUGCUGGGUGCAACAUUCUUCAAUUACUGUCUAGCUAUUGCCGGAAUCUCCUUGCUGUUUGUUUAUUUCACCCUGCCAGACAACUGUUCCCUCCACAAGUUCUUCAUAUCAUUCAAUUUAAUAUUAUGUGUAAUCGUCAGUGCUAUCUCCAUUUUGCCAAGUGUCCAAGAGCACCAGCCAAGAAGUGGAUUACUCCAGGCAUCUGUCGUAUCUCUUUACGUAAUUUAUCUGACUUGGAGUGGAGUCUCAAACAGUCCAGACCACGAGUGCAAUCCUGGAUUAUUCGGAUCAAUAGCAAGCAGCAACGUGAAGGACCAGAACGAGGUGGCCUUCGAUAAAGAGAGUGUCGUGGGUCUGAUAAUCUGGUUCAGCUGUGUCCUCUACAGCUCCCUCAGAACUGCCUCCAAGUCUUCCAAGAUCACUAUGACUGAUAAAGUCCUUAUCAACGACAAUGGCGCUGUUCGCAACUCAGGAGAUACUUCUCUUAUCGGCAAUGAAGAUUAUGUUGCAGUAGAAGGUCGUAAUGAUGAUGCCGAAGGUGGUGGUGAGACUAAAGUCUGGGACAACGAGGAGGAUAAGGUCGCCUACAACUGGAGCUUCUUCCACCUCAUGUUUGCUCUUGCAACUCUCUACGUUAUGAUGACCCUCACCAAUUGGUACAAGCCAAACUCAUCGCUGAAGACGUUGAAUUCCAAUCCAGCAUCCAUGUGGGUAAAAAUAAUAUCUUCGUGGAUGUGUCUGAGUCUCUACGUCUGGUCUCUCGUUGCUCCAGCUCUUCUGCCAAACAGGGAUUUCUCUUAAAUCCCUAAACGUGCAUUUACUGUAU